AUGGCUGAAGACAUAAAGUUCGUUUCUGGAAAUCCACUUGUUGAGCAGACUGAAGGAAUUAUUCACUUCUUUACAAAAUCGACUAUCAUAUGUACGCAUAGGUCCUCUAAAAAAUCCUCAGACAGCAUACAAACUUCAGAAAUGCUUUGCAUGCUGGGCAUUCCAUGCAGUAUCGCCGUAAAGGACCUUCUAGUCUUUAUUUCGCCAAUGAGGUUCCUCCUGGUUUGGUUUACUAAUUUUUUUUUAUACAGCAAAGGAAUAACGGAGGUCAAGAUUGUUAAGUGCCACCUAAUAGGACACUAUAUGGCUCUCAUAAAAUUUAAAACCACUACUGAUGCAGACCAGUUUUAUGCAACAUUCAAUGGCUCAAACUUCAACAGCUUUGAACCGGAUGUGUGUCAGUUGACCUACGUCUCCCAUGUGGAAGCUAUCAGCACGUCAUCUGGUGGUUCCUCUUCCUCCCACGGCGCAUCUUUUCCCCUAAAAGGUCUUGUUGAGUUGCCCUCCUGUCCUGUGUGCCUUGAAAAAUUGGAUGAACCCGUUGCCGGCAUCCUCACUACAAUCUUGUGCAAUCACUCGUUUCACGAUGAGUGCAUUUCAAAAACCACGGACACCGUUUGUCCGGUUUGUCGCUACGCUCAAUCCCCAGAUGUGCAAAUCGACAGCCAGUGCGCUGAUUGUGACCUACGCGACAACUUGUGGAUAUGUCUUAUCUGUGGAAACCUGGGUUGCGGGCGUUACGGUCAUAAGCAUGCCUAUUUUCAUUACAAGAAGACAGGUCAUACAUUCGCUCUUGAAAUGGGAAAAAACCUCGUGUGGGAUUAUGCAGAUGAUACCUACGUGCACCGAAUUGCCGUGAAUCAGGAAGAUGGAAAGAUUGUCCAGGUAGGCGAGGGAAGUGAAACGGGCGAUAAGAAAACCGACUAUUUGAGCAUGGAAUUCAGCGCCGUUCUUGUGAGCCAGCUGGAAUCUCAAAGGCAGUACUUUGAGUCCCAACUGGAAGUAAUUACCAGCGAAUCUGCUGCUCGCAUCUCAUCGAUCGAGAGUGAAUUGGACAACACAAAACGCUGCGUCUCCAAUCUGGAGUCGAAAUUAGCCUCUGUCACGAAGGAAAAGAAUUCACUUUCGCAGAAACUUGCACAGAGCAACGCAACCAUCCAAAAUUUGCAGAUGCAGUUGUCGGAGAACACUGCUCUCGUUUCCGGUCUUUCAUCUAGUCAAGCCGUCUGGGAGGCUCGCGCUAAGAAGGCGGAAGAGGAAUUAAAACAGUCAAAUGAGGAGUUAAAGGAGCUCAUGCUGAAUCUUGAAUUCCGCGAUAAACUGGCGGAGGCUACUGCAGCAAAUGAGAUAACUGAACAAGAACUAGCCAACAGUUCUGUAACCGUGACUGAAUCAAAGAGGUGUCGCCGCCGCAGGAAGAAUCGCUAG